CACAUAUUUGUCUUUUCGAUUGAUUUAAAACCAAGUACAAAACCCGGUUCCAAUUCGGUUCGGGUUUAACCCGGUCCAUAAACACUACCCGCCUUGUUUCCUUCCCCCCUCUCGUGAUUUCUCGGAAAAGAAAAACCAGGAAAUUUUUUACAAACUAGCUCGAAUUUCAGUUAAAACCACCAGAGAGAGACAGUGUCAAAAAUUUUCAAUUUUAUUUUAUCUUUUUUCCAUUUUCUUUUAUUUUCCCCGAUUAUUUUCGCAAUCCCGCGCAAUUUUUUUUCUCGUUCUCCAUCUAGGGCUUAUACUCAAUGUUCUCCCAAUUUUCAAUUUCGUCUUUCUACAUGUCACCCUAAUUCUCGAAAUAGCGGUUUCGGAAUUUUCGGUUACGAUGACCGAAGAGAAGAAACCUUCUUCGUCGUUCGUCAAGAUUGGUGACCGGCAAUUGUUUACGGUGGAGCUCCGCCCGGGAGAGACCACCAUAGUGUCUUGGAAGAAGCUGUUGAAGGAUGCUGCCAAGUCGAACGGAUCGGCUUCCACAUCGCAACAGUCCCGGCCGGAGGCUGUUCCGGGACAACCUGCUGAGAUUGAGGAAAAUGAUGAAGCUCAGCCACACCGUUUCAGUGCUGUUAUAGAGAAGAUUGAACGGCUUUACAUGGGUAAGGAUAGCAGUGACGAUGAGGAUCUGCCUGAUGUGCCUGAUGAUGAUCAGUAUGAUACUGAAGAUUCUUUUAUAGACGACGCAGAGCUGGACGAAUAUUUUCAGGUUGAUCAUUCCAAAGUCAAACAUGAUGGAUUCUUUGUAAAUAGGGGGAAAUUGGAACGCACUGAUGAACCUCCUGUAAUACCCAACCAGCAACCAAAGAAAAGGCGCAGAAAAGAUAUAGUGAAGAAUCCAGGUGAAAAUAAUAAUGACCAUGGAUCAAAUAAACAUGUUAAAGUGGGCAAGGCAGCAUCUGGGAAAACAACUUUCGUACAGGCAAGGAAUGUACCCGAUGAACACUAUGAUGACUUGAAAAUUCAUAAUCAUUCCGAUAUCUAUGGAGUUAGUUCCAAAAAGAAAAUUGCUGAUACUAAACCCAUAUCGGUCUCUGCCGUCUCUUUGAAAACUUCAAGUGAUGAUGUCCCUGCUGCCAUGUCAGAAGCCAAAGAUGCUGAUAAGAAGAAGAUAGGAACUUUGCAAUCUAAAAACACAAGUGAAUCAUUUGAUGCAUCUCAUCAGAAGUACCAUGAAAAAGGUGCUUAUGUACAAUCCAAAUCCCAACCUGGAAGAGGCUCGAAGAGUAUUGAUAAUUUAGAAAAUAACAGUCGGGUGAAAGAAAAAAAUGGUAUGCGGCAACUGCCGGAUCUUAACCUGACUGUGGGAAAGUGGGCUACUAAAGCAGCAAAAUCUGAAUACAUGCACCGGAAAGACGGGUCUAGUGUUAGGCCAAAAUCUUCAAUGCUUGAGAAGACUCUUGUCGAGUUAGAGAAAAUGGUUGCAGAGUCAAGGCCCCCUGCAGCGGACGUGGAGGCCGAUAAUACAUCCCAGGCAGUCAAAAGGAGGUUGCCUAGAGAAAUAAAGCUAAAGCUUGCUAAAGUUGCUAGAAUAGCGGUACUGGCUGUAUAUAUAUAUAUAAUUUUUCUCAAGGGAUUUGAACUUUAUAAGAUUAACUGUAUGUUUUUGUUGCAACAGGCAAGCCAUGGAAAAGUAUCAAAAGAGUUGAUUAACCGCCUUAUGAGUAUUCUUGGGCACUUAAUGCAACUCAGAACAUUAAAGAGAAAUUUAAAAAUAAUGAUCAAUAUGGGCCUGUCAGCAAAGCAGGAUGAUGACGAUAGGUUUCAACGGAUAAAAAAGGAAGUUGUUGAUAUGAUUAAGAUUCAGGCACCAGCUUCGGAAUCCAAGCAACAGCAGAAAGCUGGAGCAUCAGGUGAUGUUCAAGAAUUUGGUCCUGAUGGAAAAGCAAUAACUAAAAGGAGUCUUAGUAUGGACGCCGCUUUGGAGGACAAGAUUUGUGAUCUCUAUGAUAUUUUUGUUGAUGGCUUGGAUGAAAAUGCAGGUCCACAGAUCAGAAAGUUAUAUGCCGAGCUUGCAGAAUUAUGGCCAACUGGUUACAUGGACAACCAUGGGAUCAAACGUGGAAUUUGCAGGGCAAAAGAGAGGCGCAGAGCAUCGUACACAAAAAAUAAGGAUCAGGAAAAAAUUAAGACGAAGAAGUUGCUGGCAUCAAGGCAAGAGGAUAGCGUUCAACUUGAUACUGGCUCAAUUACAUCACAGCAGAACCAACAAGAGAAAUUAGCUCCAGAAUUAACCAGUCAUGCUUUUACUUCAACAAACAAGCCCAUAUCUAAUACGAGCACUGUCCAGGUCCCCAUUCACAUGAAUGGUGUAAAGCCAGAAAAAGCAAAGGGAAGCUCAAGCAGUUCCCUGGACGAUGUCCGUGUUGCGGAUGGCAUUUUGACAAAGAAGCUGAAGAGAAAGCCAGAACUUGAGUUUGAAGGAGCAAAUGGUGGGCCUGAGAGGCUUGUUUCUUUGCAGGGAGAAGAAAGGCCCCGGCCCCAGAAGCCGUCUUCUGGUGUUCCCACCAAAUCAAAUGUUCAGCCGACAUCCCUCCCAGGUCUUGAACUGUCAAGCUAACAAAUACGAGUGGGAUGUCCACAUCAGAAUGUCUGUCAAGAUUUUUUUAUUAGUAAUUUCCCCACCCUCUCUGUGUCUAUGGAUUUGUUUCCUGCUUACUGUUACGGUUUUUGUAAGUAAAUGUCCUUCAAGUGUUGGCAGUUAGUCAAGAGUUAGGCAGGCAAGUAGAUUUGUUAGUUGUUGUUAGUCACGUUUAAUGGUCUUUAUGCCGCUUCUCUAUGGUUGGUAGCGCCAUCUAUCACAACCAUUAGAUAUGGUGUUAUUUAGUUGAGCAAGUAUGUUUUUAUUUACUGGAACGAGUAUUGUUAUUCACGUGUAAGCUGCGACCUGAAUUGUAAGGUUCAAAAUUAAACAUUGUCAAAUUUCCAUAUAUAACUAAUAAAAAUUAUGCAUCAGAUGUCAA